AUGUCCUUAACAAUUGAAGAAGCAAAUGUGUUCGAUUAUAUUCUUGGUAUAAAAGGAAUCUUACAAUCAAUAUUACCUGGAAUCUAUGAAAUUGUAUGUCGUAUUAAAUUGGAUAAGAAUGAUAAAUAUUUAUCAUAUGACAAUAAAAGUUGUAGUAAAAAUGAAAAAUUUAAAAAACUUUUUCAAGGUUAUUUUUAUGCAUUAGCUGAUUAUAGUCAUGAUUGUGAAUGUCAUGGAAAAAUAGUGAAUUAUGAUUGGUUUGAAUCAAACUAUUUAUUAUAUGGUAAUACAAAUUGGUUUAAUCAAGCAAUGGGUACAAUCAAAGUAUUCAAUUUAUCCAAUAUUUAUUUUGGAUUUCGAACUAAAUAUGAUUAUGGUUAA